AUGUCAGAACCAGCCAAGUCGGCCCCGGCACCCAAGAAGGGCUCCAAAAACGUCGCGACCAAGAGCCAGAAGAAGGACAGUAAGAAGGGUAGAAGGCAAGAGCAGGAAGGAGAGUUAUGCCAUCUAAGUGCUCAAGCAAGUCCACCCCAACACCAACAUCUCAUCCAAGGCCAUAAACAUCAUGAACUCCUUUCAGUUCAUCUCAGGGGCGGACUGGCAACUCAUGGGGCCCCCGGGCAAUAG